AUGGAAUUCAGUACUGAUUGCUGUUCUUGGGCUGGCGUGACGUGCAAUGAUAGCCAUGUUAUCGGUCUUGACCUCAGUAGCGAAUCAAUAUCAAGUGGGAUUAGCAACACGAGCGAUCUCUUUGAUCUCCAAUAUCUUCAGAGCUUGAAUUUGGCCAACAACUCCUUCAAUGCUGCCCAAAUUCCAUCUGGGUUGGGAAAGCUUGUUAGGUUAGUUCAUCUCAACUUCUCUAACUCAGGCUUUGUUGGUCAAAUUCCCCUAGAGAUUUCUAGCUUGACAAGGCUAAUUACGCCCGAUCUAUCUAUGGUUUACUUCCUUGGAAGUCCUAGACUAAAAGUUGAGAAGCCGAGUCUAAGAAUGCUUGUUAGGAACCUUACAAAGCUCACAGAACUCUAUCUUGAUGGCACGAAAAUAUCAGCUCAGGGAGAUGAUUGGAGCCAGACCAUUUCAUUGUCACAGCCAAAUUUGAGAGUGCUGAGCUUGUCCAACUGUCAUCUUUCGGGCCCUCUUCACCCCUCCCUCCAGAUGCUCCGGUCUCUCUCAGUAAUUCAAUUAAGUGACAACAAUUUGUCUGGCCCUAUCCCAGAAUUCAUUGUGAAUUUCUCAAAUUUGACUUCUCUGCGUCUCAGAAAUUGUCAGUUGUUUGGAACAUUAUUGGAAAAGAUCAUCAAGGUACUAACACUACAAACUCUUGACUUGUCAGACAAUGGAUUACUUGAAGGCCCUCUGUCUGAAUUUCCUCAGCAAACCUCUUUUCAUACCCUUUUACUUGGCUACACAAACUUUUCAGGGAAAUUACCAAAUGCUAUUGGUAAUCUUGAGGGGUUGCCUUUAUUAAUUCUUGGAAGUUGCAAUUUCACCGGACCAAUUUCAAAUUCAUUGGUAAACCUUACCCAACUUGGCAAUUUGGAUUUGUCAUUUAACAUGUUCACUAGUCCAAUCCCUUCAUUUCCAAAAAAUCUUUUUCACAUAGAUCUCUCUCAUAAUGAUUUAUCAGGCCGUAUUCCUUUCACUCACUUUGAAGGCCUUAGGAAUCUUGUAGAUAUCAAUCUACGCCACAAUUCAUUUAAAGGGAAUAUUCCAUUGUCUCUGUUUACACUCUCAUCACUGCAGAUAAUCGAUCUUCCCUUUAACUAG